GAGGAAGCUGGACCCGAGGAGAAUAAUUCCACAAUCAUUUGCGUCGUCCUAGCAGAACUGGGUGCCAGUGCACUAGGCAGUGAUGUCCUCAGUAGUGCCUCUCAACUCAGACCUUGAGGACCUGAGACCCACGUCACGAGGGCUCACCUUCAUCCCCAGAGUCAGAAGCGUCAGUCGUACACCCAGAGGAGACUUUCAGAGGAAGAAUGGCCUGAAAUCUGAUUCCGCCUCCUCUGUGCAGUCAGUGGCAGAUGAAAAUCUGUCUUUAGCAGACAUUGAGAGCAUGCUCUCACAGAAAGUGGAGGGCAGGAGGGAUGACCUGAAGGCAGCUUUCAAAGUCUUUGACCAGGAGGGCAGUGGCACUGUCACCAAAGGGGAGUUUCGCCGGGUCAUCGAGAGCUUCCUUGUGCCACUUACACAGUCUCAAUUCGAAACCCUUUUGGCAAAGGUUCCAAAGAGAGGAAACAAAACUAUACCCUAUAUGGAAUUCCUACAACAAUACUGCAAGCACUUGUCAGCACCAAUUAGGUAUUAUGGCAUCUCUUGAUACAGAAUUCCAUCUGUGAGUGGCAUUUCUCGGAGCUGGGUACUUGGAGAGCUGCAGUGUCGUCUGAAGGAAAAGAUAGGAAGCAAUUUAAAAAACAUCACAAGGGCAUUUCGUCUGUUUGAUUAUAACCGUGAUGGGCGGAUCCAGCAGCAUGAGCUGAGGAGGGUGCUGGAGAGUUACUGCUUUCCUAUGAGCCAACAGGAGUUUCACAGGUUAUGGUCACACUACAGCCCAAAUAACUCACAGACACUGUCUUACAAGGAGUUUCUUGAGAGGCUUGGUGCUGAUUGUGAGAAAUACCGGAAGAUCGCACCCGACUCUGCAAAACUUGCUUUGAACUGGGAUGCAGUAAACCAGUCUAGAGCAAGACCCAAAAGCAGGACAGCAGCUUGGACGUCGUCAGAAAAGGCUGGGAAUACUUUGGAUGAAGUCCAUGCCAAGUUCCUAAAAAAAAUGAGUGUAAACCACCUUCUUGUGGAGAGAGCGCUUCAAGCAUUUGACAUUACCGACAGUGGUGUUGUCUCCCAUGACGACUUAAGGGCUGUUGUGAGCAGUUUCCUUUUUCCAAUCGAUGACAGCACUUUUUUGAGUCUCUUAAGCAGGUUUGGACUGAACUCUGUUGAACGUGUGGAGUGGAGAAAAUUCAUUAGUCUAUUCAAGGAAGAAGAGCAGGUAUUACCUGCAGGAAAAGAUGCAGGUCCAGCUACCCAUGAUCUGUUGAGUAUUAAUGAAGUUCUACCUAGGCUACAACAAGAAAUACUUGAGGUGUAUCCUCUUCUGAAGAAAUCCUUCCAAGUCUUUGAUGAGAAAAGAAGUGGACUGGUCAGCAGGAGUGAUAUGCGACGAAUUCUGCAGGGUCUGAUUUUUAGUCUUACAGAUGAGCAGUUCAGAGGGCUGAUGAAUCUUGUCCAUGCGCCGCAAUCAGGAGCCAUUCCCUACCUGCAUUUCCUGGACUUUUUCUAUGAGAAGAAGCUUGCAGAGGUAGAAGGGAUUCUUAAGGAGAAGCUAUCUGAGCAAUACGAUUUAUUGAUGGCAUCUCUAAACCAGGCAGACCCAGCUCAGAGUUGCACUGUCACUCCUGAAGACCUCAAGAAGCUGGUCGAGCAGUAUGGACUAGUGCUGUCUGACAACCACUUUGACAAACUCUGUAAACCAUUUAUGGACUCUGGAAAAGUGAAUUACAAGCUGAUGUUGACAAGCCUUGGGAUCUCCAGGAGGAGCGGCGAGAUAAAGAGUGCUAACACAUAUCUCAGCCCUAUUCAAAGAAAUGAGAGUGCUUGUCGACUGCAUGUGGGGAACAUUAAAGGGCAGGCAGUGGCACAGGUCAUUCUGAGGAUGCUCAGAGACAGGCUGCAGAUGCGUGGUCUCACACUCCAGCAGUGUCUGAUGGCCACGAGCAGAAGCUCUGAAGGGGUGUUGGGCCUAAGAGAGCUCCAGAAGAUUCUGAAUGACUGUAGAGUUUCCAUGCAAGUGUCACAGUUUCAGACUUUCAUCCAAGCUCUUGGUUUCUGUGAUGGGCAGAUCUCCUUUGCCAACUUUGUAGCCAAAUAUGAAGAUGCCAUAACAAAACAAAGCAAUGAAGAGCAAAAAAGAAAGUCAAAUAAUAUCGAGGUCACCAGCUUUAUGUCUGCAGAAGACAGUUUCAGUCAGCUUGAGAAAAGAAUCAAAGAAUGCCAUGGGGAUGUUUUAACAGCAUUCCAUCUGAUGGACAGAAACAGAGAUGGGCUAGUGAACCAGAAUGACUUCAGAGUUCUGUUUGACAGCCUUAGCCUCAUCACUAAGGAAAAAGAAUACCAGAGACUGUUGGAUAUACUGGGCUUUAAGCCUGGCUCCACUUUGAACUACACUGAAUUCUACAGCAAAGUCUGCUCUGCCACCAGGACUGAAGUACACCUAAUCUCUAACAAGACAGCUGAUCAGUUGCUUGACAAUACAUGCGAGCAGGUCCAUGCCCACCUGGUGGCCACUGCACACGCAAACUUGUCAGAGCUCACAAAGGCUUUUUGUCAAUAUGGUGAAGAUGGUGAAAGCUUCAUCACUAAGAAUGAUCUGAAGCAUAUCCUCUAUAAAUACUACUUACCCAUUACUCCAAGACAAUUUGAGAAAAUAUGGGCAAGGUAUGAUGAGAAUGGCAAAGGCUAUAUCACUCACACAGAGUUCCUGGACAAGAUGAACAUCAUGCCGUGUACACGGAUCGAGUCUCCAGCAGAACCCACCCCUCUCACAGAGCCCACACUGCACAAGCUAAAGCAAUGGCUGAAGCUCAACUUUGAGGAUGUGCGCAGGAGUCUGGUGGCACUGGAUAAAAGGAAUGACGGUCAUGUGACAUCAGUGGACUUGCUGUCUAUGUUACGCAGAAAUGGCUUCCAGAUAGAUGAGUACCAGUUAUUGCAUCUAAUUAACAGUCUUGGGCUUCAAGUUUGUCACAAUAAGCUGCUUUAUCUUCAUUUUCUGGACCGUAUGUCUGGGCCUGUAGUUGAUAGCAGGUCUGUCAUGAUGUCUCCAGUUAACUCAUUUUUGGGGUCUCCUGUACCAGGAGAGAGUAUAGAAGAUCUCAGCCCUGAGAGAGCCUUACAGAGACUGCAAAAGGUGGUCACCACCUCCUCAGAUACUCUCUCCAAGGCUUUCACAGCAUUUGAUAAGACUGGAAAUGGCAAGAUAGCACAGCGUGACUUCCGGCGGGUGCUAGACCACUUCUGUGUCAGGCUCUCGGAUGUGCAGUAUAGAAGGCUGCUGUCUAAACUGUCAGUCAGAAACGGAGAGGAAGCCAUAUUGGACUGGAAGAAGUUUCUGCAAACAUUUGACCUUUGCAACCAAGAGACAUCUGAAGAAUGGGUUGAGAAAAUUCACAAGGCACGCUUCCCUAACCAGACCUGUCCUCUGCCAAUCAGUGAUAUUUUAGGGCGGAUCCGAGAGGUAGUCUCCGCCCGUCUUUACACCAUCACCAAGGAGAUGGUGGACAUAGAUUAUGCCAGAAUAAAUGCAAUCUCAAGAGAGGAUUUCAGGAACAUUUGUGACCACCACUUCCUGAGACUCACUGAUGAUCAGUUUGAAAAGCUAUGGAAAAUGCUACCAGUCAAUGCCUUUAACAACCUGGAUUACUGGGAGUUCCUCAAGAAGUUCACUGGAGAGCCCCAAGAAGCAGAAACAGCAAGAGGAACAUCAUCUCCAGACUCUGCUGGUCAAUCAGAGAGUUCAGCUAAUGUUGUCCCUUGGCGGCCAAAGACAGCAUACUGCACCCUUGAACAAAACAAGUCACUAGUUCUUGAGCAGCCCAGGCGUCCGUCCACGGUGUGUGAAAGGUCUGAGGUGGCCCUGCUGCGGGACUGCGAUGCCGUUGAGAGGAGACUGCGAUCCCAGAUUCAGAGCUGCUGGAGCGAGGUUCAGAGGAGGUGCAAAGAGGCCGACAUAGAGAGGAGCGGCGAGCUCGAUACAGACACUUUCUUAGGCAUAUUGAAGGAUCUCCAUAUUAACCUAUCCAAGUCCCAGUUUGAGCAGCUGUCCAAGAAGCUUAGCAUCACAAGCAAGGGACAUCUCUCCUACCCAGAAUUCCUGCAGCACUUUGUGCUCAUGCUCAGACCACAGGCCAGUAUAUGCACCAGCAGGCUCAAGAUCCACGUGCCCAGAACACCGAUGAGUGCUGGGCACCUAAGCAGGCAGUGCAUGGAUGCCUUGCUCAUGCUGUGUGCUCCUGUACAGCUCUACUGGAGGUCCAUGAGGCGUGCGUUUAUCUCUCAUGACAAAGAGCGCUUAGGGAAGAUUUCUCUUCAAAACUUCAAAAAGGUUUUGAAACAGCACAACAUUCAUCUCUCAGAGGAAGAUUUAUUUCAUCUUACAUCCUUCUUUGAUAAGAACAUCUCAGGAAAUAUAUCAUACAAUGAUUUUCUACUAAUUUUCCAAAAAUAA